AUGUCUGACGAUGACGCUCCACGUACAGCUGUGUCCCCGCCAUUAAACUGCGCAAAAAUUGAGGCCGCAUCAUCAGCACCCGUUGAGUUCCCAGAACUUGAACACCCUUCCGUAAAGGGGGAAAACGUUUCAGACUGUGUGAAAGUGAAACCCGAAACAGGACCAGUGGAAUUGAACGAUAGCAUCGUAGAGUCGCUCCGAUCGAAUGACCAUGAAGCGACAAAAGCCAAGCAACGAAAAUGCGUUCAAUUUACGACAACAACAACAACAACAACAACACCCGGCACUGCAGAUGACACGCUGCGCAAGUUUAUCGAAGGUGAAGAAAUAUUGGACAAAAGGAACCCGUUCAAAAUCGACGUACCGUACGGAGCGGAACCGUAUGUGGACCGUCGGGUGCUGUACACAACAACCAAUGAACCGACCCUUAUCGAAGCCGAUAGUGGCGGUGGUAAUGAUGCGGACGAUUCUGACACCGAUCUGGACGAUAACGUUUUCAUCACGAAGGAAGAAAUACUGCGACAAUCGAAAUAUGUUAAGACGUAUAUAAAAAAUCCCGAUAAGCACCUAAACUAUGAUAAAAGUGUAAUCCAGAAAAUGAACGCCCUGAAAGCGAAAGGGCGUGAGGCGCGAGAUGUGGUGGUGGUGGACGGUGGUGCCGCUGUGCCCGUAGCCAUAAGACCUCCGAUACCGGCACCCCGUACCAUUCACCUUCCGAGCGAUCGAAACAACAACAAUCGCAGGCAAGACGUUGUUUCACCGCAAAUGGAACGCGUCGGAAACCGUAAACCGAUACCGCGAGCGAGACGGCGUGACUAUGCCGAGGUAAAGGUACGCAUCGGGUCAGCCGAAGCCGAAGAAUCGCUGUACGAUUCGAACGAGGUCGUUCAAAAUGCGCUGAAGUUUGAUAGCCGGUUUAGGAAGGUAGAAUUUGGCUCGCAAGAUGAUAUCGAUACGAUCGCCGAAAGAACGGAAGACGGAACAGAUCAACCUGUGGUUUUGGGUGCUUCUGCACGGACGGUAGAAAACGAAAAUCGUCCAGCUGUGAAAGAAAAGGAAAAGAACACUUCCCCAAGCAAAGAUCAACCCGAUGGACGAAAGACGACUUUUGCCGAGGAUGUGAAGAAAUCGUUUUCCAACACAGUGAAAAGUGCCGACUUUCGGAAGUACCUUCAGAGCAAGGGACUUUCCCUGGUGCCGGCAAAACCGAAAGCGAUCGAGGAAACACCCAACAAGGCCAAUCGGUUAUCAGCAACCUCCGUAAGCAGCGCACCACCAACGCGCCAUCCGGCCAAACCUUCGGUGCUAACGCGCUUGUUCCAAAACGGGCUCUUCGCACCAAAAACUCCCCAUGAUCCCGCAUACUCGUCGAUGUUUGCAAAAUCUUCCGCACCACUUCAUUUUAGCACACAACCGCGUUUAACACGGCCACAGCUACCGGCACGAUUCGGUAGCUUUAACAGCUCGCUCAACAAACGAUCCUCCCUCGGUACGGUGGAGGUUAAACCAAAGGUUAAUUUUAGACAGUCUGUAGAUGGACGGGAAGAUAUGAUGAUCGCCCCGGUGAGACGUCCUGCUUCGGUAAAUGAUUUUGAGCGACCAAAAUUACGCACCAACAUGGCCAAUAGAUCGGUAUCUUCGGUGGAUUCUUUGAAGCGACCGGUGAAAAACGCUGGCGUGCAGGUGAAUCUAGCCACGCAUGGAUAUAAUAAUGGACAAGUAGUGCGUGAAAGUCAAUUGGUUCCUGUGCAAAAUCGGUUCAUAACUUCACAGCAGAUUGGUGGAGGUUUGCCACCCAGAAACCCCAUUGUUGGGCAAAAGUAUCAGCAUCAGGUCACUCAGUAUCAUUCGUUACGUCAACGUCCAGAUGUGCGUUUUUCUGCUGGAUCUACACACACGGUAGCUCCACUCUAUUCAGAACCAUUGCGCGAACCACCAAUGUUGGUACCGGAUGAUACAGAUUCCGGAUUCCGAUCAACGCAAGACAACGGAUAUCACAUCUACGAACAAACGCCCGAUAAUUUAAGACGAAGCGAAAUGGUGUACGGUAAAAUUGGUUACUUGAGCAACACGCAGCUGAACCGUUGGCAUCCACAGGAUCGUCGAUCGUACAGCAGCAUGCAGGAAGGUGUAACGGGUAUGAACGGUGGAACAUACGGUCGUUUACGUCCGCUGUACGUUUCUUCUCCACUGUCCACCCAAUCGACACCGGUUCGUCGUCGCGUCUCCGAUGGACUGGACCGGGAGCAAAUUCUUCACCGCAUCUACGACUUCUAUCGACGAUCGAUACGAAACAGCAGCAAAACGAGCGUUCACUCAAACCAAACGGAACCUCCUUCCUACCAGAGCGGCAGCAAUGUUUAUGGUACGAAAAUUGUCCCCAGCGGAUCCUUUCCCGUCGAACGACAGCGGGUACAACGAGUACAAAGUCUAAACACUCCACGACCGAACGCAACGCACCAUGGGACGUUAAAUUAUACAAGAGCGGUAGCAAUCCCCGUACCGGGCAAUCCCGCCAACCAUGGCCGAAUGGUAACAGUUCCACAAAACCAGCACGAUCGUAAUAUUGAAAAUAUUUACGCAUUUGUAAACAAAAAGAUGGUCCAGAUGAAUGUCGGUGCGGGCGAUCAUAGCAGUGUACGAUCGGUGCAAACAUCCGCCCCAUCCACCCUACGCAGGGUGACAUUUUCAAGCAAAGGUGUAGGCGUACACGACGUCAUGACGGAUGGGCUCGAUGAAGCAGAUUACGUUAACAUACGUGGUGCUCCAGAUGGGCUACUAACAUACGGAAUUGGUUCACUUUGA